AGUUUGAUUUUUAAGCGACAUAUUUUUAAAAAUUCUGGAGAAAUAAUUGAUUGAAAUAUUAAUUGAUUUAUAGCUCUUAUGCUUUCUCUGGCUCUUCCUAUGAUAUUGUCCACAUUUUGCCUAAUCAACGUGAUAUUCGAUUCGUUUUAUAUACGACCAUAUAUUCUUGUGUCUGUGAGAUUGCUUUAUUAGUAAAUGUGACAGUGUACUAAAUAAUAGAUUUGAAAAAUUUGUUCUAUUCAAAUGUAAUUUGAAGCAGGCAAUUUUUUAAAAUUUGUUCUUUCCUUACAUAUUUGUGUAGAAUGUAAUGGUUUAUGUAUUUGACUAGGAAUCAUAAUUAAAGCGUAAUUAUAUAUACUGGUGUUUCUAUACUUUACAGAUAGAGAUACAAGUUGCUCUACAAAUUUUACUAAUUUGUAAUUAUAAUGGUAUAUUGGCUACCAAAGAAACGUUUUAAAAAGAGUAGUAGCUUGCCAUGACUUGUAUACAGACAAAUAUAUUACAUUAACGAGGGAUUUGAAAAGGUACCUUAUGUUUGAUAGCUACUAACAAAUAUGCAGACAACUUAUCUACUAUUAGCUGCACUGUUACCUUUCGCCGUUCAUGAUAUUUGGUAUGCAAGAAUUAUUCAAGAUAUGUCAUAAAAGAAUUAAAAUAUUGGAAACUGUAAUAAACAUUUAAAGAUAAAUUUUUUACAUAUUUUAUAAAACAAAUAAACUAUUUCUUCUGUGUUGUACUUGAUUUGAUCAAUUUUCAAAUUACAAGCAUUAAAUAAUGUGCAAUAAUUAUUAUUUAAAUUGUAAAUAUAUGCAUCAAUCUCCUAUACAAUUAAUAAGAUACUUAUUUUGGAUCAUGAAAGUAUCAAUAAUCACAUAUCUUAUUAUAUUUGGGCUUCUGCCUAUUAUAUUUCACUACUCAUAUACCAUACAAAAGAAGAUUCUUUUUUUAAAUUUUGUGCAAUGGCCACUUAAUGUAGAUUUUUCGAAACCAGAAUUAGUUGGAAUGAAAGGAACAAGAAACUUUUAUUUACAGACUGAUCAACAAGUAAAAAUAGGACUAUGGCAAAUAUUACCUCAGUCUUUACUAAAUGAUUCAAUUAUUACAACUGAUGAUGAUUAUGAAACUAUGUUAAAAAAUGCUAAACGACCAAUUUUCCUUUAUAUGCAUGGUAAUAGCGGUAAUAGAGCAAGCAAUCAUCGUUUAGAAUUAUAUAAACUUUUCCAGAGUUUAGAUUAUCAUGUUGUAUGUUUUGAUUAUAGAGGUUAUGGUGAUAGUGAAGAAGCAGAACUUUCUGAAAUAGGUGUAGUUAGUGAUAGUAAAUAUGUACUUGAAUGGUUAUUAAAAAUAGUAAAUGGUACAGCUCCUGUUUUUGUAUGGGGACAUUCAUUAGGAACUGGAGUUUCAGUUCAUGUAUUGGCAUUAUUAGCAACAGAAAAAGUUCAGCCUGCAGGUUUAUUCUUGGAAUCACCAUUUAAUAAUAUAGCAGAUGAAUUAAGUGAACAUCCUUUAUCACAGAUAUUUAAACAUUUACCAUGGUUCCAUUGGGUGAUUGUUGAACCGUUUUAUGAUAAUUAUCUCCGUUUUGAAUCUGAUAAACACAUAGAAAAAAUCCAAUGUCCUAUUAUGAUAUUGCAUGCAGAAGAUGAUAAUAUUGUUCCAUUUGCUUUAGGUGAAAAGUUAUUUAAAGCGGCAAUAAAUUAUCAUGGAAACGACACAAAUCGCGUUCAGAUGACAAGGAUUGAUGCAACACAUGGUUUUGGACAUAAAUAUAUAUGUCGUUAUAAAAACUUACCUAAUAUAAUUAAAUCAUUUGUACACGAGGUACGUAAAAAUCAGACUGAUUAAAAUAUAUAUUAAAAUGUCAGCAUAUAUGUACCUUCAUAUAAGUAUUUUUUACACUAAAUAUUAGUAGAUGAUUAAUAUAAAAUAUAAUGAAAGAAUAUCUUUUAUGCUGCAAGUCAGAAUCAAUACUAUUUUACUGGAACAUGUAAAGUUUAUUUAUUGUAUAAUUGUAUUUUCUCUUUUAAAUGAA